AUGCCUCCGUCAACGUGGAAUACGGCUAAGGCGAAGGUGCAACUUCGACUCUCCGUUCAACGGCUUCGCAUAGCGCAGCAGAAGAAGGAGGCACACGCUAAAGGCUCUCGCAGGGAUAUAGCCCUUCUCCUGGAGAAGGGCAAAACGGAGAGCGCACGAGUCAAAGUAGAAGCUGUCAUCAACGAAGAUGUGAACCUUGAGUUAUACGAGCUUCUUGAACUCUACUGCGAGUUGCUCAUCGCCCGCUUCGGCCUUCUUGACCAAAAUACUCGAGACCCUGAUCCCGGAAUCAGCGAAGGUGUAUGUAGCAUCAUACACGCAGCUCCGAGAACGGAAGUGAAAGAAUUACUGAUUCUGCGCGACAUGCUGAUGCACAAGUAUGGGCGCGACUUCUCCGUAGCUGCGAUGGAAAAUCGAAGUGGCUGUGUGAGUGAACGUAUAAUGAGGAAACUCGUCAUAGAAACACCCUCGGAAGAGUUGGUUGACGGGUAUCUCGGCGAGAUCGCUAAAGCGUACAGUGUCAAGUGGGCUUCUGCUUCAUCAAUCACUGCUGCGGCACAAGGGAGCAAUGUGAAGGAUGGCGCAACAGGCAGCGACACACUAGAGUCGCUUCCGUUGUACUCCCAGGAAAUUUCUAAUAAGUUGCCGGAUAUUCUUCUGACUGAAGACGAAACCGAGAAACCGAAGGUAUCAGCCGGAGGAAAAUCCAACCAGACGGAGUUCUCGAAAGAGGAAGCUGAGGACGAGUUCGCCGUUCUGGCACGACGCUUUGAGGAAUUAAAGAAGCGUUGA